AUGUCAAAGUAUUAUUUUCCCAUAAAAUAUAUCCAAAAUGGCUUAAACCAUAGAUUUUUCCAUUCAAAAUCAGUAACAGUAGUACACAGAAACCCAAACUAUUCAAGAGUGGCAGGGGUCUCUGGGCUAUGGAGGAAUGGAGCUGGUUGUGGCACGUGUUAUCAGGUAAAGUGCAAAAUAACAGAAGUGUGCGAUGUGAAUGGAGCAUUCCUGGUUGCUACGGACCAGGGUUAUGGAGACAGAACGGACUUCAUCAUGAGCCCACAGGCGUUCUCAAGACUGGGACGCAAUCAAAAUGCAUCUGCAGAGCUUAAGAAAUACGGUACAGUGGAGAUUGAAUACAGAAGGGUUCCAUGUACGUUCAUCGGCAACGUCUUGUUUCACAUCAAGGAAAGUAGCAGCAACCCUGGUUACUUGGCUGUUGCGAUUCUGAAUGUAAACGGAAAAUACGACGUCAAUGCUGUUGAAAUGUGGCAGAAAGGGCAACAACGAUGGGAACCCCUGCGCAGAGUGUAUGGGGCAGUGUUUGACUUUGCUAACCCACCGAGAGGUUCAAUUCUUCUGAGGUUUCAAGUGGGCGUUAAUUGGAUGAUACCAAACAUCCCUAUCCCUGCGAAUUGGAGGCCUGGGGCAACUUAUGACACCAAACUUCAGCUUUACUAG